AAAAUGUAUUCAAACAACAAAAACUUCUCGCAGGUCAGUCACAAAGUACAGCCGUGAUGUGAGCAGGUAGCAUUGGAACAGAUGAGAGCAACAACUCUAUUCUCCUUGCAGUGAAAGUAUAACAGGAUCUUCUUCAAGACUAUGCCGGGGUACCGCGCGUAUUUUGUCCCGGCGGUGAGAGAAAAUUUAUUAUGCCGCAUAUGUCAUCUUCCAGUUCGAAACGCCGUUCAAGUGUCCGUUUGUGGACACAGAUUUUGCGAUUCUUGUCUUAAUGGAGCCUUCAGUAACACGAGGCAAGCAGCCCGACUGAGAUGUCCCGUGGACAGUUCAAGUAUCGAUUUAUCUCAGAUUUACGCAGAUGAUGUGACGAAUCAGAUGAUAUUUUCACUGAAUGUUGUGUGUGACCACUAUCAACUUGGCUGUAAGUGGAAGGGACAGUUAAAGAAACUUGAGGAUCACAUGGCCAAUUGCAAGUACGCGCAAGUAGAUUGCAUUGCGGGUUGUGGUCAGAAAAUUCAGCGGAGGAAGAUCACCGAACAUGUGAAAAAAGAUUGUAUAAAGAGAUGGGUAAAGUGUCCCCGCUGUAAAAAGGAAACAACGUUUGAGAAUCUACAGAGCCAUAACUGUCCUGCCGCCCGUCGGAACCCGGACCAGGAGAUAGUGACAUGCAGUAAUGGAUGUGGGGUCCGACUAAAACGACACGAAAUGCCGCAUCACUUGAGAAAUGAUUGCUUACACCGAUGGGUCUACUGCGAAAACUGCUCUGUAGAAAUCGUCUUCAAAGACAAACAGGAACACUUAAGACGUUGUCGACGCUCUGAUUCCCAAACUGAAGAACCAGGAAUAACAAGAGGAGGCAAACGACAGAGCAUGCCUCACUCAGUGCGCUUCGAUCCACGUGGCCUGCGCAGCGGUAAUCGAAGCAACAGCACCUCGCAAGAAGCCCUGAAUUCCAGUCCCCCUGCACCCAUGCGCUCUGCCUCGUUUCCAGCUUUCCUCAAUUACGUCGGUCGCGAGGAGAUCCCAAGCGAGGUGGUCUACCGUGGGUCAGAACGAAGCAGGUCUCGCACAACGAGCCAAAUCGACAUCGAAAGAGAAUCUGACAUUUUUACAUGCACUUGUGGUCAGAGAAUAUCACGUGGUCAAAUCACGAGUCACAUGUCAGAGGAGUGUCCGAGGAGAUUGACCAAAUGUCAGUAUUGUCGUGCGCAAGUCAAGUUUGAAGACAUGCAGAGCCAUCUUCAAGUGUGUCCUCACUUCCCCUUGAGUUGCCCAAAUAGUUGUGGUGUGUCACAGAUUCCACGAGAAGAGGUGGAUCGCCAUCUUACCCACGAAUGUCGCUCAAAUCUCAUUCAUUGUCCUUUUAAGCAUGUUGGCUGUCAACAUCAAUGUCCACAACGAAGCCUCACACAGCAUCUAGAAGACGGCAUGAAAAAACAUCUUGAGCUCGUUUCACAGCUUGCUCUUGAUCAAAGAAAGGAAAUUGACCAAUUGCGCGAAAUUGUCAAACAUUGUAAGCCUUUCACCGAUAGUAAACUCUAUUGGAGGAUCGACGACUUUUGGAACAAAUUUGAGGACGCCAAGCACAAAACAAACGUAGAGUUGCACAGCCCUCCUUUUUACACAAGUCCUUAUGGGUACAAGUUCAAAAUCGUGGUGUUCCCGUACGGAAAUGGUAGCGGGGAAGGGUCGCAUCUUUCACUCUAUGUCCGUCUUCUCCCGGGAGAAUACGACACGCUCUUGAAGUGGCCGUUUGAGGGCGAAAUCACUUUGUCGCUUUUGGAUCAAAACAGGGACUCUACCAGGGGCCAAAGAAAUAUUAGCCAAUCGUUUAGCCCGGAUCCUAACUGGAAGAGCUUUCAGAGACCUGGUAAGAAUGGUGCCACACUCGGCUUCGGUUACCCACAAUUCGUUUCUCAUCGAGGCUUGGAAUCUACGAGUUACGUCAAAGAAGACUGCUUGUUUAUCAAAGCGACUAUCGACUGCAAAUAUUCUGCUGAUUUAUAACUCAUAACAAAAAAAUCAAUAUCAAAGAAGUCUAUAAAUUUUCAUUGCAUACGAUCAAUUUUAUGGCAAAAAUUCUUACUUCAAGAAAGUGGACACAUUUUUAAUACAAACAAACUACAAUAUCUCAUUGCUCAAAUUGUUUCUGUAGAUUAGAUAAUGAAAAUAGUGUUUCCUUUUAGACUAGAAUAGUGGAACAUAUAUUAUAUUAUACCAUAAUGAUCUGUCUCUCCAAAAUCUGUUUUUUCUUUGUUUGUAUGCGAAAUGGUGAUAAAAAUUUUUAAGAAGACUGAACUAUCAUAUUCAAACCAAGAUUUACGCUUGCGUCCGCAAAAAUAGAUCCGCUGUAUAUAGAGAUUUGAACUUCGUGGGCGUGUGUGUUUUUUUAAAUGAUUACUUGCUUUGAGUCGAGACCAGCAGCGAACAAAGGACACUACAGUUUUGAGUCCUCGUUUUAGGAAUCACUUGAGAUCGUUAUCAUUUAACAGAAACGUUGUGUAGCCUGUUUAUGAUAAAACACGCGCGAGUAUUGGAAAGCACUUUUACAGGUGUCCAGUUCGCAUGUUGCCUUACGUAGGGCAGAAACACUUUCGAUAACAAUUGUGGUUUAGGUUAUAAGAAAGCCGUUCGCUCUAUUGAAGUAAGCAAAUGUUAAUGCCAGUAAGGUUUUUUCUAUAAAACUUUUGAAAACCCUUCAUGAACAAAGCUUUCUCCGAUUUUGCAGUGCAUCUUCGUGGAAGCGACAAAGCAUUCGUGAUUGUCAAUACUCCCUAUAAAUCUUGUUUUCAGGCGCUAUGCUUCACUCUAACGUUGAACUGUAUCUGACCAUAACGUCAUACGAACGGCCGUAAAGUAUUUUCAGUAAGAUUUCAAGAUCCAAGUAUGAAUUCUUCUCAUCAACAGUAAUUGUUUUAUUCAAAGUCAAAGGGCGAAUUACACGUCAAUCCUUGGGGUUAACUUUUCAUUGUGACAACUGUUUGAGAAAGUUCAUUGCACAUCUUCUUUUAUAUUACUCUUGUCCUAAUGCUUCCUUAGAUUGAUGUUAUUGAUCAUAGAUAUUUAAUAAUUAAAACAAUGUUUGCGUACUGCUGUGCGAGAAAAUAACUCUGUCCAACAAGGACGUAGCAAUAAAAUACAGAAUU